AUGAACCAGCAGCUCACUAAGCCAGUAUCUGAAGAGGAGAUCUUUAAAGCUUUAGCUGCCAUGAACGUAGACAAAGCUCCAGGGCCUGACGGGUUCAAUGCAGGCUUCUACAAAUAUCAUUGGAAUACAAUUAAAUCAGAGAGAUGGUGUCAAUGGAUAAUGAAAUGUGUUACCACAGUCACAUACUCAGUGCUUAUUAAUGGAUCUCCUUCUAAGAAGAUUAUCCCUAGCAGAGGACUGCGUCAAGAUGAUUCUCUUCUUUUUUGUCAAGCAAAUGAACAAGAAUGUCAUCAAGUCCUACAACUACUUCAAACUUAUGCUACUGCUUCCGGCCAGCAUAUUAAUUUCCAAAAAUCUGCCAUAUUAUUUGCUCAAAUACGACGCUUUUGGUGGUCUAGCAUUAAAGAUAAGAAGAAGAUUCCAUGGGUUGCAUGGAGCAAGCUCACCAUGAUGAAACAGUAUGGAGGCAUGGGCUUUAGAGAUCUUUCUCAUUUCAAUAUUGCUCUAUUGGCAAAGCAAAGUUGGCGUUUGUUAAAGGAACCUCAGUCUUUACUCUCCCGUGUUCUUAAAGCAAAAUAUUUCCCCAAAGCUUCCCUGCUGGAAGCCACAGCUGGCCACCGCCCAAGUCAUGCCUGGCGUAGUAUAGUGCAAGGACUCAUAAAGCCAGGCACAUCAUCUUGGGAUGAUGAGAAGCUACAGGAGAUAAUCUGUCCUCAAGACACUCAGCUUAUUAGGAGAAUACGAUUGAGGCUCCUUAAAGGCCCUGAUAUUCCUACAUGGAUAUUUACUAAAGAUGGCCAGUAUACUGUCAAGUCUGGAUACCAUCAACUAUCAAAGCCACAUCCAGACUGUUCCACAGUUUCAGCCCAACUCCAAGCGAAUAUUGCUCGUAGGCGCAUCCAAAUCUCCCCAGACUGCCUUUUUUGUGGUGAUGUUGCUGAAACCGUUCCCCAUCUUUUCUUCCAAUGUCGGUUAGCAAAAGAGAUUUGGGAGCUAUCACCUUUACAAAUAUCAUCAGAUGGUUCUUGGCUGGAUCCAAAUAGCAGAGCAGGCAUUGGUUGGGCCCUCUUUAAUGAAAAAGGACGCUGCAUUCUAAAAGGAUCCUCAUCCAUUGAUCCUACUAAUUCAGCUUUGGAAGCUGAGGCCAUGGCGCUGAGAGAAGCCCUCUUCCAGAUAAAACGACUCAAUUACCAAAAUGUCACUUUCUAUGGUGAUUCUAGUACGCUAUACAAUUAUUUGGAGGAGUCAGCUACACAAAAUCAACGAAAUCCUGGGCCAUUGGAGAUUCAAGGAUAUCUUGAAGAUAUAUUGGCUAUGGCGAAGAGUUCUUAUGAUUUCAAGUGCGUCGGUCGACAAGUCAAUACCAUAGCCGACAUGCUAGCUCGCAAAGCUAGGCAACAAAACUUACCAUUUGUUAUCUCGUGGAUCCAUUAAAUGUAUGUCUUAAAUUUGUAAACCGAACACUAUUAUGUAAUUUCGUUCCUUACCUAAUGGAAAAUGUGGCCGUCAA